AUGACUGAACGUGAACUAGGACGAUUGAUGCAAAAGAAACUGAAUCAAAACCCUCCCAUAGCAGAUCUGUAUUUUUCAAAUCGCAUGAAAUUGUUUAUGAAAAUAUUGAAACAGAAGCUAAACAUUGUUGACUUUUGGUUUAGAUACGAAUAUCAAUACCGGGGAUCACCACAUGUACAUAUGAUUAUUUGGAUUGCAAACGCCCCAGAUGUUAGACUACUCGACUCAGCAACGUUUGAUCAAAUUCAACACUAUAUCCAGUUCUACGAUAAUUUGGUAUCAGCGAUAAAUCCGUUGCCUUCACAGCCACCAGCAGAAAAACAUCCGUCUCGUUUAAAACGUACAGAAGUCACUCUCGACAAUCCAGUUCAACUAGCAGAGCUUUUGAAUCGUGUUAAUCAUCAUACAAAAAUACAACAUACAAUAGAUUAG